UUCAUUCUGCAGAACUUACUACAAUUGCGGCACGGUGCUUAGCGAGCAAUUUUAACCGGAACCUCUAAGGGCGCACACCACUGCCCUUGGCGUAAUCAUCAUCGUCAUCGUCAUCGCGUGAAGGAACCGCACCGUGUGCUCUCGCGCCUCGUGCGACGGCCACCGAGUGAUGCUCAGAACCAGCCGCUUCCGCGGCGCCGUCACAGCGUGUCCAACGUGCCCGGCGUGGCGUUCGUGGAGGCCACGCCAACUUCACAGUUUGGCGACGGAGAUAAACCAUCCAACGCCCGAUUCUGACUGGACGCUACUAGCGUUCGCAUCAGCGCCAUGUCCUGCUGACAGUUUGGCGAGGAGGAGUCAUUUUGCAUCGUGCCUACAUUGCACGAAACAGCGUGGCUCCCACGAAUGUGCACCGUGUGACGUCGAUCUCAACAGAGCACCGAAGAAGCAUCUACACAGAAGUAUUCGCCACAUAAACUGCAGGCAUCAUCCUUCUUUCGCCGUCGAGGCAAGCAGAACUUCGAAGGACUGCGUUCUGAUCAACGCCGAGCUCAAGUUACCGUCAUGCAAGAGCUUCUGCCCAGGAGCAUCCGCCACACAAACUACAGGUGUGCUGGUCAACGUUGAGCCAAGCAAGCACUACACAAACACUAGUACGCGGGAGUAUUCACCACACAAACUGCAGAGCAAGGACGCUCCGUUUGAGUUCUGUAUGACGCCGAGCUUAACGGCUUCUCCACAGGAGCCUUCGCUACAUAAACUGCAGUCACGAAGACGGCUGUCCGCACAAAAUGUCCGCUACAGCUGUGUGCUGUGCCACGUCGAGCUCCACGCAGCUUCCAGAUCAAGAGAGACUGUUCACCACAUAAACUACAGAUGCUCCAACGGGAUUGGCCACCGGAGUCACGAAGACGGCUGUCCGCACAGCAUGUCUGAUGCAGCCGUGUCCUGUGCCACGUCGAGCUCCAUGGAGCUUCCACAUCGAGAGAGACCGUUCACCACAUAAACUGCAGGUGUUCCAUGACCGUUCCAGCCCCCCUACCACCGGAGCUUCCCGCCCUUGCCACCUUCACGUAGGGUGCCACCCCCGUCCCCGCAACGAUGUGGGCACCGUUCGCGCCCCCCGUUCCGUCCACGGCCGUCCUCCCUGGCGUACACGUGUUUGAAAUGUGUGGCGGCGCACGGAACACGGAUGAAGACGGCGUGUGGCGCGAUUGCCGGGGUGGACUAUGCGCCUGGCGUUUUCUGUUCCUGCAUAUUGCAGAAAUAAAGAAAGGAGGACGGA